AUCAACACCAUCAACCCCAUUCUUGUGCUACAAGGUCGACUCGAGAGAACGCGAGCAGCCUACCUUAUACGAACGAAAGACGAAUAGGAAGCUAUUUUGAAUCUAAUCAAGAGUUUCCAAGAGCGGUGAAAAGGAUUCAAUCAUCAAAUGACUCAUGUUGGCUAACCCAUUUGAAGACAAGCGAUUUUGCACACCGUAUAAACGUCGUAUUAAAGAUGAAUUUUGAUGUGGACGUGCAGUUACAUUUAACAACGAUUGAGCUGCUUAAAGAUAUAGCUAAGUUAAAUUUGGAGGAUGAUCAACCCAAACUGCUGGAACAACUAUUUCGCAUACCCGAUUUCAUUCCUAUGUUGAUAAUGUCUUGCGCGCAAAGAUUAGCAAAGACAACUCAUGAGUUCCUAUUAAAUUCGGGCUACCUCUACAAUUGGCUAACACUGAUGACGGUUACGAAAUCACAUUUGGCUAUUGCAUUUGAGAAGAGUGAAGAGAAAGAAAAAUACGUAUUGCUAAAGAUACUAUUUAUUAUAGUGUGUCCGUACGCAAUAGAAAGAGAAUUGUUAUCUCUAGAACGAAAUAGAAAACAAGAUCUUAAUUUGAUUUUCAAAUGUAUGUGCUUACUGUCAUAUAUUCAUCGCCGCUUUUAUACCCCCUUGGUGAUAGAUCGCGUUGUGAAGAGAAUAACUUUGAAUAUUCGUGAAGUUAUAUAUGUGGAUGACACAGUUGACGUUAACGAAGAAUCAAAAGACUUGGCGUUUGAGCUUUUAAGCUACCUGGAGGAUCUCUGGCUGAAAAUCGUAGAGCAUCGUAAUUUUGUAUCUAUCGCGGAAAUAAUUCCGCGGAAGCCAUUUAACACCGCAGAACGUCAAUAUUUUGUAAAUCUAACCGCACGCCAAUCCAAGUUGCAGCAUAAAAUCAAAAUGGUUAAUGAUCGACUUGAAAAAGGAGCGCAUCCACCUAAAUAAUUAGAAAAAACAAUAAUUCGAACGUAUAGUUUAUUACACAUUUUAUCAAAAUUGCACGUACGCGCAAACACAUACUACUCUAAUUAUACGUGCGUGUAUAUGUUUUUAAGAAAAUACAAUAGCAUGUGUAACACACAUAUGUAACACACAUACAAUAACACCUUUUUAAUGUAUUACUGUAUUUUUUAAAAAAGUAAUUCAAUAUUCUAAAAAAAAUAAUGUAGGUAUAAUUAACACAUUAAUUGUUGUAUUAGUAUUAGUUUUAAUUACUUUAGAUUUACUUUAAUAGUUACUAUUAGAUUUUGCUAUCAGACAUAAUACUAAUUAUAACAUGUGUCGUAUUAACGAAAAUUGUCUGCCCUUCGUUGUUUAAAGACGUAUAAGGCAUCGAUCUUUUUAUACACAAAUCAAAUUAUAAUCAAUUUAAGUGACUAUAUAAUACUAUACAAAAUGUGUGUCUUAAAAGUGCAACGAGAUAAAUAUAGACGUAUGUAUAUAUUUAUCAAAUAAAUCAAUUUGAUAUAUCUGCUA